GAUGUGGGAGCUGCGAUAAUUUAAUGGAAUUUGAAUGUAGAUACAAGCCAGCCAGCAAAUAUAUAUGCGGAUGAUCUUAGUUGUUAAAGUUGGGAGGGAAAAUUGUGGAAAAUUAAAGCAGCAACAUGGUAAACCGUUGUUGUGUCAAGACAUGCAAGCAACACUUCGAUUACAAGCCCCAACAUACGCAGGGUGCAAAAUGGAAACUACACAGGAUGCCCAAGGCUGGAGACAGCAGGCGCCAGGCGUGGCUGGAUGCCUUGGGCCUCCCAUCGGCCGAUAAGACUCUCUACGUGUGCAGCAUGCAUUUUGUUGACAGCGAUUACACCCCAAAUCGCUUCCUCCAGCCGGAGGCUGUACCCUCGAAGAACCUUGGUACGUCACCUGCGACGGCGACGUCACCUGCAAGUUCUGCGGAACCCGUGACGCCGUCACCAGCUGGACCAUCCGCGGCACUGGACCAUCCAGCGACGGCCGUGGCGUCGACUCUGCCGGUGCCGGAGACGUCGGCGACGUCACCUGCGCCGCUGGUGUCAACACCGCAUGGACACCAGCUGCGAGCUGGUAAACGGCGGUGGAGUGGAAGCAGUGCCGACGAACGGCCGUCAGAGAUGUCCACGUCUGAUGGCCAGCGGGAACGUGACAUCCAACCAAGCACUGAGGAGGAGACAGUGGAGGAGUCUGUGUCUGACGGUGACGUUGAUGACUCUGACGGAGACCGGGAGGGUGGCGGUGACUGCCGUCGGCUACCGGUGCGGACGGCAGUGCUGACAGAGCCGUGCCUGGACGGGCUGCUGGAGCUGGCACGGGUCCGCUGCCACUGUGGACAGACCUGCCCACCGACGGUGCAACGCGUCCGCAUGGCAUUCAACGUAGAGUGGACCUGCUCGACGUGCGGCCCCAGAUGGGCUUGGACCUCCGUCUCCACGGAUCUGACGGCGCAUCGGCAGGUAGGGGCAGCCCGGACAACCCGGUGACCAGGACCGCGCUCCUGGAUGUCAAUAGACUGUGGUGCUGCUCGUUGGACCACUGCUGUGUCUGGGAACGGUGGCGACAGCUGCCCUUGCCCUGCCAAGAUUCUGUCGUGGUAGGCGUCCGUGAAUCACGGGUGCCAGCGGUGUAUUCGGCUGUGCUAUGUAAGUUUGUGUGCCCCAAGUGUCCCUGCCUGUUUGAACUGGUUUACUCGGUGUCAAUAAAGGAUAGUUGAUGUAA